AUAAAGGGCAAGGUUUACAAUCCCUGGCCACGUGACUUAUCGUACAAGUUCGGUUUGUAUACAAACACAAUCCUCCGCUGUUUUCUAACAAACUGCUUGCUGUUACGUUCCCAUUGAGAAUUCCUGUGUGAACAUGCGCACAUUUUUCUCGCCUAUAGCUACAUCGUGGACUACAUGAUACGACUGCAACCGCUCAUCAUUCGUGACGUCAGAGUUCGUAGUCCUGGUCCUCUUUGUCGCCGGCAGCGCAAACCAACAGAAUUCAUUUUGUUGUAUCAAACCAAAGCCAAGCAGCAUCGCCAGUAGCGUCCCCGGUAGGACUGGAAUCACAUCCAACUUUGAAUCCGCCAACUUUCAUCAGUAGCUCCUUUGAGUUCAACCGAGAUGAACGCUUCUAGUGGAUUGUGCGGAUAAAAAGCUGUGUUAAUAUAACUUGUGCCGUACCCUCCGGGUGAUUUGAAUGCAAUUGAUGGAUCGGGAUGUGAAUAAAAUGUUUUAUUGGCACCAUCAGCGCAGCGUGCGUCUGGCAUAGUUCUGGUGAAUUAAACUCGAACCGCGAAGGUGGCCGCUGUGAUCUUGAUGGUACACGUAUUAGUGCUAAUUGAAAGAAUCAACAAAUUGAAUCCGACGCCGGAACGAAAGUACAAGUGAUACAUGACGGUUGCUUUCAACUGGGAAGCAAAAUCGAAAUGUAGCAUUUAUGUCCGAAAUGGUGAUGGAGUUGCACCAAGGCUGGUUGCUGGUGGUUUUCAGAAAAAAAUAAACACUUCUACGAUAUACACAUUGUGAUAUGAAUACGUAUUUUCCCGCUUCAAAGUGUUUACGUAGUGCCGUGUAGAUAUCGGGGGAAAGAUCAAAACACGAAAGAAAAACAUGAUGAAGAGCACCCCGAAUUUAAUUAUUGGUGCGAAUGUUUACGAUUAUGAUUUUUCUAUGAUCUUCUGUGGUACGCCCAACAAUAAGCAUCGCUGACAGCCUGGGAGGUUAGUGAAAAGAAAAAAAAGGUGAAUAGUGGAAGCGGUUUCCGUUCAUUACCUUCAUUCGAUCGAAAAUCUAGGUAAUAAAAAUCAGCGAAAAAAGCACGUUUCGAUAUGGAAACAAGACUGCGAUAAAUAUUGUGAUUGAAAAAAAAAUGGUUUGUGAUUUUGAAGAAUUAAACUGCGUGUGCGGUAAACGACCAUCACUGGCUGCGAGAAUAACAACCGCAUGAUAAAUUAAAUCUAAAAUAGCUCGCCCUGAAUGCUGGGACGAAGUGUGGAAAAAAUGUUCCAAUAUAAAAUUUGCCAUGGCGGUUGCCUAGAAAAAAAAUGUUUAACCCCAAGUGAGUGAUCGUCCCAUGAAAAUGGAUGGCCACAUGAAAAACUGUGGUCUCGUGUAGUUUGCGGUGCUAUGCUGAUAAAUUUUAAGAUGUACAACUAAAACCGAGCGCCCUGUCAGAGGUUUCAUAUUCUAGAGUAAACACAGCGAUGUUUCUAUCGCGUUAAGCGUAUAUUAAUAGAGAUCAAAUUUGGCAUCGCGCCCAAGUCAACUCGGCACCCAAAUUAGUGAUGUUUGACCCAGGGGGUAACAAUCAACCCACCGCAAAUCCUCCGUUUCCUUCCACCACCGGUAAUACAAGUUUGCUACUGGAUAAUGGGGCCCAAGUGUACGGGAAUAUGAUAUUCCAAGAGUCAACCGGUAGCAGCAAUACCGACGAGUUUGCCCUGCUGGAAACGAUGUUCAUCAACUACACAAGCCAGCUGGCCAACAUGUCGUCGGCCACGGAGGUCCCCUACACCCCGUACGAGCGCCGGCCGGAAACGUACAUCGUACCGAUUCUGUUUGCCAUCAUCUUCGUCGUCGGAGUUUUGGGUAACGGGACGCUUAUCAUCGUUUUCCUGCGGCAUCGUGCCAUGAGGAACGUGCCAAACACCUAUAUAUUAUCCUUAGCAUUGGCCGACCUGCUACUCAUCGUGACAACGGUUCCAUUCACGUCAAUUGUGUACACACUGGAUUCGUGGCCCUGGGGUAGCUUGCUUUGCACAUCGUCCGAGUUCAUCAAAGAUGUUUCAAUCGGAGUGUCAGUGUUCACACUUACCGCCCUAUCCGGGGACCGGUUUUUCGCCAUCGUUGAUCCUCUGCGGAAAUUUCACGCCCAUGGUGGUGGACGAAAAGCGACUCGGAUGACCAUCGCUAUUGCAGUCUUUAUAUGGGUACUGGCGAUUGUGUUUGCGAUUCCGGCCAUCGUUGGGACACAUAUCAGGACUGAGAAAGUGAACAAGGACGUAACUAUCGAGUUUUGCUAUCCAUUUCCGGGCGAGUGGGGACCGGAAUAUGCCCGCGGCAUUGUGCUUUGCAAGUUCCUGGCCUACUACGCGAUUCCUCUGUGCAUUAUAGCACUGUUCUACGUGCUGAUAGCACGCCACUUAAUCCACAGUGCGAAACAUGUGCCUGGAGAAACGCAAGGAACGGUACGGCAGGUGAAAGCGAGACGAAAAGUUGCCAUCACCGUGUUGGCGUUCGUCGUAAUAUUCGGGAUCUGCUUCCUGCCGUCGCAUCUCUUCAUGUUGUGGUUUUAUUACAACCCAAAUUCCCAGGAGGAAUAUAAUCAGUUUUGGCAUGUAUUACGCAUCGUGGGGUUUUGCCUGUCAUUUGCCAACAGCUGUGCCAAUCCCGUUGCACUGUAUUGCGUAAGCGGUGCCUUCCGGAAGCACUUUAACAGAUACCUGCUGUGCGAAGGAUCGUCAAGCGCCCGCAGACGUCGCGGCGAUAACCUCGGCCAUCGGGAUACAUCACUAACGAGCACCAUGUCCAGACGGUACCCCAGCAAGCGAUUCGGAACACAGUCGAUGCGGAUAAACAUCCAAGAGACGACCAUAGUUAUGCUCCCGAAUGGCGCAAGCAUCAAUGGGAAUUAUCUCAGCGCAAAUAUCCCGGACAGAGAUGGAAACGGUCUGACGUAAUAUAAUGCCAUCUUCACUGAUGAAAUCAUGCGGAAUCUCCUAGGUAGCGACCAACGAAAUGUUUAAAUGUUCUCCUAUCUGUCGACCAUCCUCACGUCAUGUCUUUUAACAUCCCAAGCCGAAAUGGUUGGCAAAGAAAAAAAUUCACGCCCACAAUCAUACUGUCAUCAAUCUUCCAAUUCUGCCAGUUGCACCUACUUGUGAACGUUUUAAAUCAAGAAGGAU